AGUGACUCUGCUCCGCUUCCGCGAGCGGAGGACGGGCGGCAGGUACGCGGUGUGAGGAGGCGGAUGCGCAUGCAGACUCGGUCUGUGAGGGGACGGCGUGGAGACAUCUCUGCCUUUUAGGAGGAGCGUGUGACUGAAGAAGUCCAGCCACUGACUGAGUUGGGUGCAGAAGGUUACUGUCUGUCCUUGACAACAGAAGAGGGAUUUCCACCUGCCUGCACUAAGAUGGCGACUGCCAAGGCAUGGGUUCUGAAGAAGCAUUUUGAGGGUUUCCCCAAAAUCAGUGACUUUGACCUGAAAAAAAUAGAGCUGCCAAAGCUAAAGGAGGGAGAAUUACUGCUUGAAUCAGUGUUUCUCAGUGUUGAUCCUUACAUGCGACUUUGCAGCCAAAUGGACAUGAAGGAAGGGGAUAUAAUGAUAGGCACACAGGUUGCCAGGAUUGUAGAAAGCAAGAAUCCUGCAUUCACAGUGGGGACCUUUGUUGUGACUAACAGUGGCUGGAGAACUCAUUUCAUCUCUGAUGGGAAAGACCUACAACUCCUUCCUCCUGCUUGGCCAGAAUCGCUCCCCAAAUCUCUUGCUCUUGGGACAGUUGGCAUGCCCGGACUCACUGCAUAUUUUGGUUUGCUGGAGGUCUGCAAAAUGAAGCCAGGAGAAAUAGUGCUGGUUAAUGCUGCAGCUGGUGCUGUGGGCUCUGUGGUGGGACAGCUUGCUAAAAUUGCAGGUUGUAAAGUGGUUGGCUGUGCUGGCUCAGAUCCCAAGGUUGCCUAUCUGAAAAAAUUAGGUUUUGAUGAAGCCUUUAAUUACAAGACUGUUACAUCUUUGGAUGAAGCACUACGUAAAGCCUCUCCUGAUGGCUAUGACUGUUUCUUUGACAAUGUGGGUGGAGAAUUCUCUAGUACUGCUGUCAACCACAUGAAGAAAUAUGGAAGAAUUGCAGUCUGUGGAGCCAUCUCUCAGUACAACGACUCUGUGCCUCAGAAAGGGCCUUACAUUCAGAUUCCAAUGAUCUUCAAAGAGCUUCAUAUGGAAGGGUUUAUUGUGAAUCGCUGGAGUAACCGCCGGGAGGAAGGUCUGAAGGCACUGAUGAAAUGGGUCAUAGAGGGAAAACUGAAGUAUCAUGAACAAGUCACUGAAGGAUUUGAGAACAUGCCAGCAGCUUUCAUUGGAAUGUUAAAGGGAGAAAAUCUUGGAAAAGCUGUUGUAAAAGUCUGAAGGUCAUGUACUCAGCUAGUGCAGGGGAAUGUGAUUCUGUUAAGCAGAUUUAACUCAUCAUGUUUCAGUCUUUUUGCUGGACAUUUGGGGAUAAUAACUUCUGUUAAUAAUUGAGCUAGUCAGUGUGUCUGGCAAUGGCUUUGCUUCUGAAGAACUUGAGAAUUGCUUUACAAAGCUGCACCAAAAAAGUGCCUUAAAAUGAGGAACUUCAUAAUAGCUAACACAUUGAAGAGUGACUUCGCUGAACCUCAUCAUAACUAACAGAUUUAAUGUUGGCUUGCACCUUUCUAUGAGCUGACUUGCAGAAAGGAAAAGCAAUUCCAAAAGCAUUGCCAGCUGAUGGUACAGCUGAUGACUAAUGUUUACCCAGUGAUCUUGCCUAGAACUUGGCAAGAGGGAUUUCUUUUUUUAAACUAGUAUCAAGAGUAAAAACAGACUGAACAUCACGUAGGUGUACCUAGCUUCCUCACUGGAUGGGAUUUUUUUAAACUUCCAUCAGAAAAUGUAGUUAUCUUAGCUGUUCUGGGAUAAUGGAAACUAAAAAAUAAAUCUGUUCAUGGAUA